GAGGUUUUGGCGAGGAAAAUCUGCGAACCCUAGACUAGGGCUUUAGCUCCGCGCGAUGAAUGCUGCUCCAUUCCAUCGUCCCGCUGUGGAAAUCCCUCGGAAUUUCCAGUCCAGCGCGUGACGAAUCUCCAGCGGCGCGAGCGAUAGAAUAUUUUUUUUCUUGUGAUUUGGAUUACUUCGCCAGGGGAAUGAGCUCUGGGUUGUUGCGCUGCUGAGGAGGACGAUGAAGGCGAGGAAAAGAAAGGACGAGAGGCACCGAAGUGUAUUCGAUGCCAAGCGCCGGAAAACCGAGCCACGGAGAGGGAAGGGAUUACUGGUGCCUCCUCCUCGCGAUAACAAUGCGCUCCUGCCAUGCAAGGAUUUCUUUGGAGCUGGAGGAACAGUUCUAGCGAGCAACGUUCUUCAUCGUUUCCCCGACCACUGCGAGCCAACGUAUCCGAAAAGGCCAAUUCCAACACCUGGAUAUCGUCUCGUCGAUGGCGAAGAAGAGACUAACAGGUAUCGCGAGGAAAGUGAGAGCGAGGAACGAGAGGAAGAACACGAGAGCGAUGACAGGUCUAGCAGUCACCAGGAGGAGAUAGAACUCGAAAGGAGCCCGAGCUUUUCAAACACUAGAGGCUGUGGAAAGGCUAUCUACAAGGGAUUGCUGGAUAAGAACCGGGGAUGUAAUUGCAACGUUCUUGUGGUAGAGUUCGAUCGGGGAUGGAGAGAGUAUGGAGCUACUGUGGAGCUCCACAGUGGUCACAGGGGCUGGUAUCUUUGCGUGCUUCUGCAAGGGGAGACGUUGUUCGUCCAGGAGAUUAGACGAAGGUUUUUCCACUACAGCACCAACGGGUUCUCGGGUUCUUUCAUGUGGAAGGCCGACCAGGGAUGGAUGCUCGAGUUUAAAAACACCAUGCAGCUCAACGCUUUCAAGAGAGUUUUCGAGAAGUGCUAUCAGAAGAACUACAUGCUUGCGGCUUCUCGAAAACUUCCAACUCCAAAGUUCCAGGUCGUGAAAGACUUGGAUACUCGGUGGAGGGGGCCGGCUUUUAUCCGUCCUGCGAAUGGAUACAUUCCGACGCCUGAGGUGAAUCUGGAAACCCGGGUUCUCUACGACAUGGAUUGCGAGGACGAGGAAUGGCUGUCGAACUUGAACGGGAAGGCUGGCGGUUACACGAAGAUCUCGGAGCAGAAGUUCGAGAAGAUGAUGUACACGCUGGAGAAGUAUUCUCAUGAUCGGAACGAGCUCUUGUCAAUCGACGCGGCAAGUGAGGUUUGUCUACACGUUGCGUCGCUGAAGAUCAUUAAGCUCAUCCAUGGCUAUUGGAUUGAGAAGAGACGGAGGAACGGAAUAUCUUUGGUGAGAUAUUUCCAGCCAGAGCGCUGGAAGCAGUACCGGGACUCCUCUAAAAAACAGAAGAGGCAUUUGUUUGCGUUUUGCCUGCCUCCUCGAGGACUUGAAAUUGAGUCUCUACCAGAGACUGUCUCUUUGAGCUCGCCCGUUUUGGAUGCUACUGAUCAAGAUGUUUUAAAUCCAGUUGGCGUGGAGAAUAUCGAGUCUCCUUCACUUCCGGAGGUCUGUGAUGAAGCAUCGGUUCCAUCCGAUGAAAAAGAAGCUGAAAGUAGAGAGCCGGCGCAAACCGACCUCGGCUUUAAGAAGUUUGUGGGGACGAAAGAGGUUCGUCCUCAACCAGGAGAUCUCGUCUGGAAGAAAUACACUGGACGGGCCAAUCCGGAGGAGAUGAAGAAGCUCAAGGUGAUACAUCAGAUGCGACAGUCGGGCAUCAAGCACUUCACCAGACGAAAAAAAGUGCCGCAAAUCUCGAGAUCGAAGUCCUCCAAAUCGCCCAAGUCGCCAUGCAAUGGGAGCCUUACGAACGAGGCUAGUUCUUCGCAGGAAGGGACGUCGGACUUACUGGCACUGGCAGAAGCGGCAACUCUUUCUCCGUAUAGAAAAGAGAGGCCUGCUAGCAGCACCGGCGGAGAAGACACCGAGAUGGAGUCCGAGAUCGAGACUCCGGCUAAAGAAACUCUGGUUGAAAAAACCGUUGAGGCUUCAACGAUUCAGGAGAGAGUGGAUGAGAUGAUCAGGCAGAGGGCGCAACUAGAGAAACUGGCGUUGAAGAAACAGAUGAGCAAGCUCAAGCAGCAGAUGAAGAUGGUGAACCAGCAGCAGCAGCAGCAGCAGCAGCCGCUGGUGGUGGACUCGAGCUUGCCGGAGCUGGAAGAUUUUGGAACCUGGAGCGUAGAAUUCCAGAAAGCGAUCGAGAGGCUCGAGGAGCACAAGAGGAAGAAGCAGCAACUCCAACAGGUCCGGAGCAAGGACCAACAGCGGGUUGUGUCGGUGAGCGUCAAGCGCACCAAUUCAAGAUUUAGCACGCUGUUGCUGGUGGUAGCCAAUUCAGCAGCCGAGGUUGAGAGCUCUUAAACUUACAAAAAGAGAAUGAGAAGAAAUGUAGCGCAAACAAUCCUAGUUUGUAAAACAUACAUAAAAGAAAAAGCCUUUUGUAAUGCAAAAGGUGGUGCAUUGGAAUA